AUACAAACUUAAACUACACUUAAUGUGUUUCAUGUUUCACUUAAUGUGAAUUCAUACCUUUUUUACCAUGAUUGUUUGUAUCAUGUUUCUCACUGUUUUAAUUUUAAUACAAAGAUUAACUGGUAAAACCGUCAAUGCACUUCUGUGAUUGUAAACAAUGCAGCGUGUGAACAGGACUUUUAUUUUGGAGUGACGACAUGACGUCAUAAGACUGCGCCGAACUCCUGCAUCUGCUGGAAAGGUUUGUUUUAGAAAGAUGGCAUUUAAAAAAGAGGAGACUGAAGACAUGAAGAUGGAGUUUAUUAAAGAGGAAGAGAAUGAAGAUAUAAAGAUGGUGUUUAUUAAAGAGGAGACUGAAGACAUGAAGAUUGAGUUUAAUAAAGAGGAGUUUGAAGACAUGAAGAUUAAAGAAUUAUUCAGUGUGAAAAAUGAAGAAACUGAGGAACAAACAGAUCUGGCACCGAGAGAGGCGAGUCAUGAACUUAAUGAAAGGGAUGAAGAGAAAAAACAUCAUUCAAUGAGUGAAAAAAAAUCAACAAAAUUUUCCUUACAAAAAGGAGCUCAAAAGACUGGAACUAAAAGUUAUUUCACCUGCCAACAGUGUGGAAAGACUUUUGAUCAACAUAGAAACCUUCAAGUCCACUUGAAAGUUCACACUAGAGAGAGAUCCUUCACUUGCCAACAGUGUGGAAAGAGUUUCACACGUAAAGACAUGCUUAAAGUCCACAUGAAAAUUCACACUGGAGAGAAACCUUUCACUUGCCAACAAUGUGGACAGAGUUUCAGACAUAAAGGAAGCCUUAAAGACCACAUGAGAACUCAUACUGGAGAAAAGCCUUACACCUGCCAACAAUGUGGAAAGAGUUUCAGUCAUAAAAGUAGCCUUAAAGACCACAUGAGAACUCACACUGGAGAAAAGCCUUUCACCUGCCAACAGUGUGGAAAGAGUUUUGUUAGAAAUGAAAACCUUAAAGUCCACAUGAGAAUUCACACUGGAGAAAAGCCUUACACCUGUCAACAGUGUGGAAAGAGUUUCAUUCAUAAAGGACACCUUAUAGACCACAUGAGAAUUCACACUGGAGAAAAGCCUUACACCUGCCAACAGUGUGGAAAGAGUUUCAGUCGAAAAGGACACCUUAUAGACCACAUGAGAACUCACACUGGAGAAAAGCCUUAA